CCUUCAUUCCCUUCACACACGCUGCAGGAUUGCAAGGAGCCACACACAUUGCGCCAACGUCUACAGGAAUAUCCAAAAAGGAAUUCCUCGCACAUGCUGAACAGAGGCACCGGCAUAUACACAGAUAUAUCCGCAAAACACACUGUUGCUUCCUACACUGUCUCAAAUAAAAAUAAACACCACCAUAAACAUUUCCACACUGCAGCACCGUGUCCUGCAAUCCAAUCACAUGUCCAUUAGACCAAGCCCACUCAGAGUAUUCUCCAUUUGACUGUGUGUGGAUUACUAUCAGUCAUGGUGUGUCAGCUGUAGAGUCCUCGGUGUAGCUGCUGCUCAGGGGCAGAGCUGGAUCAAUGGAAGUGCGCUGAGUAACGAGGUGAUGUUCCUGUUUUCACAUGGUCUGAGAAUAAUCAGCAGCCAGCAUCUCUCCGCUGACUCCACACACAGCUCUGCCUCUACGCUGCAAUAACCGUCCUCCUCAAUGGACUAUUACUGCAGUGACUUAUAGUAUUAUUUUAAUAUUAGACACACUGUGGCUGGACGUUUGCUCCUGUGUACACCAGAGCUGUCAGCACACCUUAAAUACCAUAUUUUCUCCAACCAUAAAGGUUUGGAGUGGACACAGUGCCGUGUUUACCUUCUGGACUGUUUUAUUUUUACUUCAGAAAGCCGUGGACAGAGAGUGAGAGCCAGCAGGUGCCCUCGCCAUGGUGUUGCCACCCCCAGACAAACGCCACGUGUGCCUGACCACCAUCGUCAUCAUGACCAGCAUGGCCUUCAUGGACGCCUACCUGGUGGAGCAAAACCAGGGACCAAGAAAAAUCGGUGUGUGUAUUAUAGUGCUGGUAGGGGAUGUAUGCUUCCUCAUAGUGCUGCGAUAUGUGGCAGUGUGGGUCGGUGCCGAGGUGCGCACCGCCCGACGAGGAUACGCCAUGAUCCUGUGGUUUCUGUACAUCUUUGUCCUGGAGAUCAAACUCUACUUUGUCUUCCAGAAUUGCAAAGCUGACAGGAAGAGUCUGGAGACAGUGGCACGGAAGGCUUUGACGUUAUUAUUAUCUGUGUGUGUACCAGGUUUAUACUUGGUUCUAGUGGCUCUGGAUAGUAUGGAAUAUGUAAGAACUUUCCGAAAGAAGGAGGACAUGAGGAGCCGUCUGUUCUGGGUGGCUCUGGACCUGCUGGACCUGCUAGAUAUCCAAGCUAACCUGUGGGAGCCCCAGCGGACAGGCCUGCCCAUCUGGGCUGAGGGCCUGAUGUUCUUCUACUGCUACAUCCUGCUGCUCAUCCUGCCCUGUGUGUCGCUCAGUGAAAUCAGCAUGCAGGGGGAGCACAUGUCGCCGCAGAAGAUGAUGCUGUACCCAGUCCUGAGCCUAGUUACCAUAAACGUGGUCACUAUCCUUAUACGUGGUGUAAACAUGGUUUUGUUUCAGGACAGCCGAGUUUCCACCAUCUUCGUCGGCAAGAACGUGGUGGCUAUUGCCACCAAGGCGUCCACCUUCCUGGAGUACCGCAGACAGGUUAAGGAGUUUCCCCACCCACAGAACGCCAUGGCACUAGAGCUGCAGCAGAACUCUGUCAGCCACACGCAGCCGCUGCCCAACGCCACCAGUUUGCCACACGAACCUUCGCCAGCGCAAGACGUCAUCGACACAUGACCGCCAUGAGCACCAUUAGAAACUGACUGCUUUUUAUGAGAGCUCCAGGAGGGGAGGUAGAUAGAGAAAUCAGCUGCAUGACAGGAUGAUAUUCUGCUCUUGUCAAGCCCACAUGAACUGCUGUGAAACCAUAAAAGAGAUUUUCAGCAUCACCUGCCUGUCAGAACAUACUGUAAACCUACACUUGACUGAGUGCAGCGUGCAGACUUUAAAAUCAAGUCAAAGGUUUUUAUCGUGCUAUUGUGUUUUUAAUUGUUUCAAAUGUUUUAAAAGUUCAGACUUUAUUAAGAGACAAUCUCCACAGUACGCAGCCCGGUGACAUUAUGUUGUGUAAAAUGGACAGUCGGUCCCCCCCAUUGAGUAUCUUGUAAUUUUUUUUUAAAGGUCACUUUUUCAACAGUGCAUCUGUGGCAUUUCCUUUGAAUUUCAGCACCAAAGGAGAUACCACUCACCGUGAAGCACUGAUGGAGAGAAGCAGAGAGUGACAAGGGUCAGUCAAGAGGGUCUAUGUGUGCUGUGCUAGAGCAAGGCUGGUGGCAGAUGAAUGCUUUUCCUUCUGUGUUUGGUUCUGCUGAGAAAAGAAGCUCUGUGGAAGCUGCAGCCUUGGUCAGUGUGACACUUUACGACCAAGGAUCUGAUUAAAGCACCGGAGCUCAGCGCUAUAGCAUCCACUACAGGCAUUCAAGCGUGUGUUUAACUGUGCGUUUAUAUGCACGCGCAGUAGAGUAUGUAUGCCUGAAAGCGUGUGUGUGUGCGCCACAGACGGUUUAGGUUAUUUCGGAUUGUGUUGGAGGAGAUGUGAGUGGUUGAUGUGUGUGAUAAAUUGCAAAUGAGACAAAAUAUAUGGUGAUGUCAGGAAAAAAAAAAAGAUGAAGGGGGAAAACUAAUUUUUGUUUCCUGUACUGUACAUUCCUCUAAAACUAGCUCAAGCCUUGAAGUCAGAGAAUGCAGAGAUUCAGCGAACGCCUCACUGAAGAAUUGAGAAAAGAAAAAAGAUAAAUAAUACAAUAACAUACAAACAGAAAAUACUUUUUCUGAUGUUAUUCAGUUAAUUAUUAUUAUUAUUAUCAUUAUUAUUAUUAUAGUAUUAUUAUUAUUAUGUACAUUCUUUACUUGUUGGAGGCCAAUGAUGUUUUAAUAAAAGUAUAAAUAAAAGAAUAAUGAUGACAGCAUGGUUUCUUUUUUUCAUAUUGUUGAUUAUGAUGAAACAAAACCAUUAUUUUUUAGCUAAAUUCAGAAGUACUUAGUGCUUUUGUUGUGCUUAAAAGCAACAACUAAAUGACAGCAACAUAACAAGCAAAGCCAUUUCUGUUAUGUUUUGCAUGGAAGAAUCCACACAGCACAUAAAUAUUUAGGCCGAGCAGCCUCCAUGGACUCCAGCAUUAAUUUUCUACCCCUCAGGCUACCGCAUUUGGGGAAAGCAAGCAAUGGAUUUAUCUUUAAAAUGCAAUAAAAAUGU